AUGAAGCCCUACGUAGGUCAAGUGUUCAAGUCUCUUAAAGAUGCAUUUCAGUUUUAUAAAAAUUACGGAAGGUCGUCUGGAUUCGAUGCUCGUAAAGGCGCUCUUAAGAGAGGGAAAUAUGGGCAGAUUAUAUAUCAAUAUUUUUUCUGCAUCAGAGAAGGCAUUAAUCCUGCUACGCAUGAUCAGUCAUCCGAAACACAGUCGAAGAAAAAAAAGAGACGUCGAAAGCCAUCUACUAGGAACGGCUGCAAAGCACGUGUUACUGUGAGCAGAGGCUAUGAAGACGUUGGAUGUACGAGCGAUGACUUUAGAAACUUGUCCUAUCAGAUGAAUUGUUAUCCUGAUGGUUCAGACGCACAGUUGCUGUUGGACAGAUUUAUCACCAAACGCGAUCUGGAUGAUCGGUUUAAGUGUGAAUAUUUGCUCGACGAGUGUCAAAAAGUGAAGAGCAUAUUCUGGAGUGAUGCAACAGGGGUUGAAAACUUCAGCAUCUUUGGUGACGCAGUUUCGUUUGAUGCGACCUACUCAACCAACAGGUACAACAUGAUUUUUGCACCCUUUACUGGGAAGGACAACCAUGGUGGAUGCGUUACAUUUGCAGCUGGCUUACUAAGCAGAGAGGAUGUGAGUUCAUACUCUUGGAUACUAAAGCAAUUUGUGGACUGUAUGGGACAUACACCUACUAUGCUUAUAACUGACCAAGAUCCUGCACUGAAAAUCGCUGUUGAAAAUGUGAUGCCGAAUACAAGACACAGAUUUUGCAUGUGGCACAUAAUGAUGAAAGUGGCCCAGAAACUUCCAAUUUCGUUGAGAGAAAACGCUGAACUGACAAGCAAGUUAUACGAAGUUGCAUGGUCUGAGUUCGACGAGCCUUCUGAUUUUGAGGAGAAGUGGUUCGAGGUUAUAAAUGAAUAUGGCCUUGCUGAACAUUCGUGGUUCUCAUAUAUGUUCUCCAAGCGGACAUAUUGGAUCCCUGCAUAUUUUCGUGAUUUAAGUAUGAGUGGUUUGUUUAGAACCACAUCAAUGUCGGAAAGCGAGAAUAGCUUCUUCCGUAAGUACUUGAAUCGCAAUUCUAAUCUCGCUUCUUUCUAUAUUCAUUAUGAAAGCGCAAUGCAGGCCCAGAGACACUCAUACAAACAGCUGUGCAUGACCGACCAGACUACGACACCCAAAUUGAAGACACACUCAUCCAUAGAGCAGCACGCGUCUGAUAUAUACACCAGGAAUAUUUUCUUGGAAGUGCAGGUUGAAAUAUUUGAGGCAUUUAACCGCUGCUGCAUAAAAUCAAUGGAUACAGGAGCUGAAGAGCACUAG